UUCCUCUCAUUCCAUUACAAUUAAGUCUCUCAACAUUCAAAACAACUCCAUUUAUUUCUCGCAAAUUCUUUCAUUUCUUGAUUCCUUUGUUUUUUUGGUGAGAAUUCUUGAUACCUUUGUGAUUACUAUUAUUAUUAUUAUUUUUUUUUUUUUUAAAAAGAAAAGAAAAGAAUUCUUGAACACCAAAGCUCAGAUACGAUGGAUUUCAAUUCCAGCAACCAAACAAGAAUGUUAUCGAAGAUGGCAACUAGCGACGGACACGGCGAAAACUCCGCCUAUUUCGAGGGGUGGAAGGCGUACGAGGAUAACCCUUUCGAUUUAUCCACGAAUCGCCGCGGGGUUAUUCAAAUGGGCUUAGCAGAAAACAGACUUUGCUUUGAUUUGAUUCAAGAAUGGGUAGUGAACAACCCAAAAGCCUCCAUCUGCACGCCCCAGGGAGCAGAAGACUUCAAGGAAAUCGCUAUUUUUCAGGACUAUCAUGGCUUGCCGGAGUUCAGAAAUGCAGUGGCAAAAUUCAUGGGAAAAGUGAGGGGAGAGAGAGUAACAUUCGACCCGGACCGGAUCGUCAUGAGCGGCGGCGCAACCGGCGCCGUCGAAAUUCUAGCCUUCUGUUUGGCUGAUCCUGGAGAUGCUUUCUUGGUCCCAACUCCAUAUUAUCCAGCAUUUAACAGAGAUUGGGGAUGGAGAACAGGGGCGAAGCUGUACCCAGUCAUUUGCGACAGUUCAAACGACUUCAAGAUCACCAAAGUUGCAUUAGAAGCAGCCUACAAAAAAGCUCAAACCGAAAAUGUGAGAGUGAAAGGGGUGCUAUUGAACAAUCCUUCCAACCCAUUAGGCACGGUUUUGGACCGCGACACCCUUCGGGACAUCCUACGUUUCAUCAACGACAAAAACAUCCACAUAGUAUGCGACGAAAUCUACGCGUCCACGGUGUUUUCCCAGCCGGAAUUCGUCAGCAUCGCCGAGAUAAUCCAGGAAGCGGAUUACUCUGAUUGGGGAAACCGCGACCUUGUCCACAUCGUCUACAGUCUCUCCAAGGAUAUGGGGUUCCCGGGGUUCCGGGUGGGGAUAGUGUACUCCUACAACGACGCCGUGGUGCGGUGCGCCCGGAAGAUGUCGAGUUUCGGGCUGGUGUCCACCCAGACACAGCACCUCAUGGCGGCGAUGCUGUCGGACGAGCGGUUCGUGGAGAAGUUCAUCCAGGAGAGCGCGGAGCGGCUGGGGAGGCGGCACGGGGCGUUCACGCGGGGGCUGGCGGGGAUGGGGAUAGGGACGCUGAAGAGCACCGCGGGGCUGUUUUUCUGGAUGGAUUUGAGGAGGCUAUUAAGGGAACCCACCGUCGAGGCGGAGCUGGAGCUAUGGAGGAUUAUAAUCCACGAUGUUAAGCUUAAUGUCUCGCCGGGGUGCUCGUUCCAUUGCGCCGAGCCGGGGUGGUUUCGGGUGUGCUUUGCGAACAUGGACGAUGAUACUAUGCGGGUGGCGCUGUUGAGGAUCCGAGCGUUUGUUCGGCAGCGGAACGGUGGCGCCGCCGCUAAGAGGCAGUGCCGGGGGCGGGCGCUGCAGAUCAGCACGUCGUUCAGCAGGAUUAUGUUGGAUGAUUUGUUGAUGUCCCCUCACUCCCCUGCUAGUGCUAAAUCGCCUAUGGUCCAAGCCACCAAUUGAACAACAAGACAUUAGAAUUUAUAUUACGGGCUUAAAAGUAUUUCCUUUAGCUAGGACAUACUCAGAAUAAAAAAUUAUAUUCUUUUUUCUUUAGAAGAAGUUCCUGUUUUCUAGGAUUUAAGGAAAUGUUUUUUCCAAUUUGGUGCAUGAAUUGUAAAGUGCACCAAAUGGGAUUCGUAGAAGAUGGAGUCAAGUAAGUUUGUAGGUUAAUGUUGUUUGGUUUAAUUUGUUUGUGAGAUGGGUUUUUUGUUUCCCCCUUUUCUGGUAGGUGAGGGAGAACCAAGUUGUUUAACCUGUCAUUGGUUAAUUAAUUUAUUUUUAUUUUUCAAUAAAAAAAGUUAUUAGUAUGUAUUGUA